AUGUGUUCCACAGUACAAGAAAAAGGAUUCACUUACCUAGGCCUCACCUUGGAGCACUAUUGCCAUCACUUCGGUGUAGUUCCUGCUUCGAAACGUGUCAACAAAAUCUACGUUCUGGGGAAAGACCGAGCCUACCUCCACAAGCCGGCUCCAGUCCUUUGGAAUCCCACAAUCUUUGAAGAAAUCGCCAAUGAAACUGGUAUCUCUUUCACCAUUGGAACAGUCCAGAAAUCCAUUUCAAAAGUACAUGGAGAUGAGCGAGACGAGCUAUGGCCUGGUCUAGAUGAUAUCGGUAGCCUGUCGCGAGAUGAUUUUAUUUACCAAAUUCAACAUCAUCGAGCUGUAAUGGGUCUCGGAUGGUCACCACAGAUUUCCAGCCCGCUAGAGGCUCUCUGUCUCGGAACGCCGUUCAUCAACCGUCGCCGAAGCGAACCCGAUCGUUCAAAAUGGCACACCCAACAUCCUUAUCUUGCGCAUUUUGAUCCACCUUACGUCUAUAAUGUACAAGAUCAUCGAAAGGAGGACCUCUUGGAAGCGGUAGACUCUAUCAUGAAGAAUCCGCUCAAGGAAGCAUUCAUUCCAGAUGACAUGAAGAAAGAAGCCUAUCUUGCACGAAUUGACGGUUUGGUAACCAAAAACUGGCUAGAGCUUUCUCGAUCCAAACCAUCUCCUUCAAACACCACUGCCAACACCCCAUAG